CUCACAGGACAUUGGAGGGGGCUCAUUUACUGGUACUUGUUUCAAACACCCCCACCUCCCUUCACAUAACCAUCCACCAACAUGCUGGCAAAUGUUAUUGCGUGUGCUGGUGACAGGUCGCUCAGCCCGGGGUUAUUGUGCUCUUGCAAUAACGCACAAGGUUAACUUUACACAGGACUAAGGAAACACUUUUGUCCUGACGCAGUUGUCCAGUGUUUCUCUGAAGAGCCCGGCCGUGAAGCUGGAGUUGAACUUGUGUUCAGAAACAGGUGCAGAUCUACAGAUUGUGGAGUUCCCCCCUGAAAUCAAAGGGACAUGCAAGAGCAUAACAUGGAUCAGCCCACAUCACUGUCACAACUGUUACGGGAGAGUUACCUGGCUGAAGCCAGAGCUCAUCACCGACACGGUGAAUCGAGCUGCAUAGAUUCACCUCGACGUCUGGUUUACGGAGCUAUUAAAGAGAAAGCGGACAAUUCUGGUGGGAAGUUGGAACCACAGUUCCCGGACUUGUCUGCUUUCUUGAGUCAGGAAGAGCUGGACAAGAGCGUCGAUUUGGCCUGCAAGGCCAUCGGCAAUGAGCCACAACAACAUGAGGCCAAAUCUGAUGGACACCCGCAAGUAACCCAUUACGACGUUUUGUCCGACAAACCUGCUCUCGAGAUGGCGGUCGCGUCGGAGAGGCAUUCGGCCCAGCCUUCCAUUCAAGACGACACGGUUAGGAACGUCAGACCUUCGAGGGAAUCUCCUCCAGACAAAAGAGCCACGAGAAAUGCUCCAUAUGGUUUGGAGACACAAUCCAAGAAGGAGUUCCUCAACAAGGCUGCCGAUUUUAUCGAGGAGCUUUCUUCUCUGUUCAAGGCCAACAGUUCGAAAAGAGUUCGACCGCGUUCUUGUAAAACCCAUCGGAGUCGAUAUCAGAACAAAGCCCAGCCCGAUGGUGCUCUAUUCUCCUUUAAUGCAGAAGAUAGAGAAAGACCUGUUCUCUUUAGCCAACAGACGGAGGAACCAAUGGAGUUUGACAAAGUCGUAGAGGAACCACGUGUCAUAGAGGAACCGCAGGUGUCCAGAUGUGUCAUAGAGGAACCGCAGGUGUCCAGAUGUGACAUAGAGUGUAAGGCCCCAGCUUUAAUAGAGACAGAGGACACAGAGGAACCUGUAUAUGAACCUCCACAGUUUAUUCAGAAACUCAAAAGCAGAGAGGUUCCAGAAGGCAGUAAAGUUCAGUUGGACUGCAUUGUCAGAGGACUGCCGACACCAGAAGUGAGAUGGUUUUGUGAAGGGAAAGAGUUGGAAAACAGUCCUGAUAUUCAGAUCGUCAGUAAUGGCGAUCGACACUCUCUGAUCAUCGCUGAGGCUUUUGAAGAAGACACCGGAAGAUAUUCCUGCUUUGCUUCCAAUUUUUAUGGUACUGACUCCACAUCAGCAGAAAUCUACAUUGAGGGUGCAUCGUCAUCAGAUUCUGAAGGAGAACAACAAGCCCAACUUUAUAAUAAAGACGCUCCUCCAAAGACUGAUAUAACCUCAGUAACACCUGACACAUCUGUUGAAGACUUUACACCAACGGUAAUCAACCCCAUCCCUGAAGAACCCGAACCUUUGGAAACAGAUGAAGAUCCUCUGGCACAGUUGAACUUGGACCCACCUUCUGUGCAAGGUGAUACAGAUCUUCUGGUUCCUGAGGUUAUCAGCUCUCAAACACCUGAACUAGAAGCAAUCGUGCAAUUACAAGAACCACCAACAUCUCAGUCUCAGGUGGAGUCCUCUCCACCACCUACUCAUCGAACUGUAUCUCCAUCAUCACUUCCAGCUAACCAAAGUAUAUCCAAUAUACUGUCAAUAUCUCAACAGAGCAACCAUGAGAAACUAAAUGGGAGCAGUAGUUAUCUUGAAAGCUUCGAUAUAAGACCCAUAAUGGCAGCUCCUGUUUUUACGAAGACCCUUCAGGAUGUUCUGGCUCAGGAGGGUCAGCUGGUAGUGCUGGAGUGCCGAGUGAAAGGUAUUCCCUCCCCUAAAGUGGACUGGUACAGGGAGGGAACACUUAUUGAUGAUUCUCCAGACUUCAGGAUCCUCCAGAAGAAACCCAGGUCCAUGGGUGAAUCAGAGGAGAUAUGUACUUUGGUCAUUGCGGAGGUCUUUCCUGAGGAUUCAGGAACUUUCACUUGCACGGCCAGCAAUAAAUACGGCACAGUCUCCAAUAUGGCAGUGCUGAGGGUGAAAGGACGCAAUAAUGAAAGCAAGGAACCAGAUGUUCCUCGGGUAAACAACAAACUUCACUCAAGUAUGGUUUGUCUUGACCCUUUGGGCUCAGCCUCAAUGCAGUCAGACACUCUGGAUGCUGAAAGUCAUUCCCCAGAAUCCCUAAACUCCAGUUUACUUCGCCAUGACCUAGCCACCAGCCUGCCCAGUCUAAACCCUCUUUCUAUUGGAAAGCUCCACUCGGAUACAUUAAGGUCAAGUUUACCUCAGCUGGACCCGCUGAGCCUCAGUUGUUCUCGCUUUAACCCAGUGAAUUUGGACUCAAAACAGAAACCUCUCAGCUCUUUCACAACACACUUUGAUUCAGGUGGGUCUGAUUUGAAAUCUUCCACGGAAGCCACCCAGUGUCUACCCAAUGGAUCAACCUCCACUAAUCUGAGCUCUGACUUGGAUGCUCAAGUUGAACCGUCACAAAACCUUCAAGUUGGGUCAGAAUCUUACUCACACCCUUCUGUUAUAAUUCCCCCAUUAGAAAAAUACAGUAACCAUCAAGAUCGUCCGCAUCUUAAGCCUUUACCAGAUCCCCCAACCUCCUGCCUUAAGACCAGAUCUGAGGGUGUGUUAGUCAAUCACAAUGAGUCUCGCUCCAGUUCACGAGUGGGUCUCAGAGUGACCUUUAAACUACCUGAGGAUGAAGAGGAGGAGGAGAAAUCAAAUUCAUCCAACAAAGGACCACCACCUGUGCUGGCUAAACCAAAAUUAGACCCAGUGCAACUUCAGAUCCUUCACAACCAGGUGCUUUUGGAACAGCAGCAGGACAGUACCUCUCCAAGUUCUGAGCCAACGACUGUCACCCCAGAUCACUCCCCUCCAAAUUCAAUGUCUUCACAACUCAAAAUUAACUCUGGUCCAACUCCACAGUUGAUGACUGCAUCUGUCCCUGUACAGCCUAUAGCACCGACUCCUAUAUUAAAAACUGCACCAGUAUCCCAGUUGAAUAAGGCUUUAUCCAGUUCAAUGCCACAGCUUAGUCCAUUAGCCAUCCCAAGAGCUCAAAAUAAUCUAGUACCAUCUACUUUGUUAAAUAAUAUUCCACAGACUGUGGCUCCCUCAGCAUCUUUUACCCGAACAACUGUGGUGCCUGCCCCUCAUCUCAGUAUAGACCCAAUCUCACCAAAGGCCCAACUCAAUAUGUCUUCAGUAGCUUCUGUGCCAAAUGUGACACCACUCAUCCCAAUAACUCAACCAACAGCUCCCAACAUGACUCAGUUCAAUCUAGGACCUACUAGACCUUUGCCUCAGUUUAUGAUGGCUUCACCCGUUCAACCAAACACCAACCAUAUGCCCUCCAUCACCCCAUCCACUCACAUAUCACAAAUAAACAUGACUCCUACCCAACAGAAGACCUCUGUUGAAGUAGACAAGACUAUAGCUAAAACACAGUCACUGACAACAUCUGAUGUAGCGAGCGUAAACAACACAGUGUCUAAGGCAAACACCACACAAGUUACUCAACCCAGAAUUCAUUUACCACUAAUUCGAGACACAAAGAAUAAAAGUGUAUCUAAUGUACCGAUGGGUAAAGUCAGUUCCCCUCAGCUUCUUAAUAAUCCACCUGCACCCACAUCAAGUCUAGCAUCUGCUCCACCAUUGAACUCCACCCAGACUACUUUAGCCGGUCAGAUACCAGUUUCUACCCAGAGCUUCAGCUACACAAGACCAAAGGAAUUCAUUCCUGCCCAAACUCUCUCUCCUAUCAGGAGUCCCUCUCCAACUGAGUCCCCUGUUCCAAUGCUCCAUGAAAUAGCAGCACAGAUAUUCCCAAAGUCAACACGGGAGCUUAUGUCACCCGUCAACCAGUUUGUCCCAUCGGCAAGAAAGUUCCCGACGAGGAUUCUGGAAUCUCCCAGCAGCCCUCCAGCGUAUGUUUCUUCACCACCUUUAAUGCAUCCUGGUCUGAUGAACUCAGUCUUUUCUUUUAGAACUCAGUCCCCACCACAGGCUUCUUCCCCAACUUCAAGCUGCUCUUCUCCCAGCCCUAUCCACAAUCCAGUGGCCUUCCUUAGCUCUGUCCUACCAUCACUGCCAACAUCUCCUCCAACCAAUGCCAUGGGGCUGCCUAAGGGGGCUCCUCCUGGACCUCAAGGCGCAAUGAAGAAGAAUCAAAGAGGCCUCCGGCCCAUGUCAGAUGACGACAUCCGAGAUAGCAGAGAAACUCUCUUAAAAGAUAUUGAGAAAAAACUACGAUUCACUAAUGAAUCACUUCGUUUUGGACAACAGGAAUACAAGGUGUCGAACUUUGAACAGAGGCUACUAAGUGAGAUCGAGUUUCGUUUAGAAAGAACACCAGUCGAAGAGUCGGAUGAUGAAGUUCAGCAUGAUGAAAUUCCAACCGGAAAAUGUAUCGCUCCCAUCUUUGACAAGAAACUGAAACACUUCCGGGGUGUGGAAGGGCUUCCUGUCACAUUUACCUGUAAAGUGGUUGGGAUUCCUGUACCUAAGGUGUAUUGGUUUAAGGAUGGAAAACAAAUUUUGAAGAAGAAUGAACACUAUCAGAAGAUCAGAGAAGGCGAUGGAACGUGUUCUUUACACAUAGAAGCUGCUACGAGUGAUGAUGAUGGAAAUUAUACCGUCAUGGCAGCAAAUCCACAGGGCAGGAUAAGUUGCUCCGGACAUUUGAUUGUCCAAACGGGUCCGCUGAGAAAUCGACCUGUGGUUCACUCUCAAAGAGUCCGAGCACGUGUACAAGAAGUGGAAGGAGAGCCCACGCAGGAACGAUUUUUCCGUCCUCACUUUCUGCAAGCACCAGGAGACAUGUUGGCACAUGAGGGCAGGCUUUGUCGAUUAGACUGCAAGGUGAGCGGAUUACCUCAUCCAGAAAUCAUGUGGCUUCUAAAUGGGAAGCCAAUAUAUCCUAACAUAACUCAUCGUAUGAUGGUGAGAGAAAAUGGGGUUCAUUCUCUAGUUAUUGAUCCUCUGACUCAAGCCGAUCAUGGGACGUACACCUGCAUCGCCUCGAAUAAAGCUGGCCAGAGUUCUUUCUGUCUUGAUCUCAGAGUAGUAGAGAAAGAGAUGAAGCAGGCGCCACAUUUUUUGGAGAAGCUGCAGAACACAGGCGUGGCCGAGGGAGCACCUGUGCGUUUGGAGUGCCGGGUGAUGGGAAUGCCAUCGCCGGUCAUUUAUUGGAAAAAAGAUAAUGAAACAAUCUCCCACGCACAGGAGAGAUUGAGCAUGCAUCAGGAUACCACAGGGUAUGUUUGUCUACUUAUUCAACCUACCAGAAAAGAGGAUGCUGGUUGGUAUACAGUGUCUGUGAAAAAUGAGGCUGGUGUCACAUCAUGCACAGGCAGAUUAGACAUAUAUGCUCAGUGGCAUCAACACGUCCACCCUCCCAUGAGGACAACACAGCUCAAUGGAAGCCGUUACACAGCUCUGACUGGUCAAGGUCUGGAUGUCAAAUCUACCUUUACCAUCAGCCAAUCCUUUCUGACAUCAGAAAGUGAGGAACUAUAGAAGCUUGUGGAGUUGUUAUGGUGCACAAAUAUUUUUUUAGACACAACAUUAUGUUUAGUGUUUGCAAUCUAAAUGCAAUGUAAUUGUUGAAAUUUGAGUUUGAAUGUCCAUUUAAUGCAACAAAAUGCUAAAUACACAUGGAUAUAUUUUGGUAGAUAGCAGCUGAAUGUAAUUGUGUCUUUCUUCCCUGCAUUUGCACAUGCGUCUGUCUUUAGCUACUAACAUAAGCCAUUAACAAAAUAUAAUCUAGACUCUGCCAACAUUUGCAGCUAUUUUAUAAUAAACAUAUCACAAAUUAUAUAUAUAUAUAUAUAUAUAUAUAUAUAUAUAUAUAUAUAUAUAUAUAUAUAUAUAUAUAUAUAUAUAUAUAUAUAUAUAUAUAUAUAUAUAUAUAUAUAUAUAAUGAUGAACGAAUGUGUUAUUUCUUGUUAGUAGGCUGCGUGUCUGUCUUCUUUUUAAGUCAUGUAAUGUCAGCAGGUCAACAAAAUGUCCUAUUUAACUUGUUUUUCAACAUUUAAGUCCUGCUGCUGUUUAGGUUUUAAUUAAUUUAAGUAUGUGUAUGCAAAUGACUAGUUGCGGGUUUGUUCUUGAUAAGUACUAUGUCUAAUAAAUAUGGGUUUAGAGAUGAGAGGAAAUCCUCUAAAUCUACUUCAAACUUAUUUUUAGUAAGAAAUUGAUAUAUUUUGCACUUCACUUUAACAAAACUAUGUUUUACAUUUCAAACCUGUGUAAAUGUAGCUGAGUGAUCUGAUGAGAACUGACCAACAUCAUAGCUGUGAUUAUCAAAUGUUGAUAGGAAAGAGUAAACAGGAAUGAGAAAAAUAAAAUUAUAUAUUAUUGUUGAGAAUUAUUGUGAAGAUUAAUUAUGCUGCUUUAGACAUUUUAACAAAUUAGAUUUUAUUAGAUAUUAUUACAUUUUUGUGGAUGUUUACAAAGCCUUUUAUUAAUUGUUUUACCACCCAUAGAACAAUUAAAUGCAAAUGAUGUGAAAAUGUAUAAAAGUUUCUUUUCUUGAAAAUAAAGUUAUAUUUAUUCAAACAA